GCUGCUGCUGCUGCUGCUGCCGCCGCCGCCUCUGCCGCCGCCGCCGUGCCCGCAGCGCAGGACGGGCCGCCCUGUGCCGGGGGCCGCCCCGCGCAUGCUCCGCCGAGUGACGCCGCGACUCCAUGUGUGAGAAGCGCAUUAUUUGGCAAGGGGGAGCCGCGGCGGAGAGGAUUAGCCGGGGAUCCCCGGCAGCGCGGAAAAGGGGUCGGCGAGGAGCGGGGAGAAGCGAACCGGCGGCCGGGGAGCGGGACUCGGCGGCGCCCGGGAUGCGCGGGGAGCGGCGGGGAGGUGCCGAGGCGUGAUCCUCGCUCCAGCCACUUUCCACCCGGCCCAGUCAGGAUCCCACCUGGAACCCAUGAACUUCACUGACAGCGCCUCACAAUGACAGAGGAAGCAUGCAGGACACGGAGCCAGAAACGAGCGCUCGAACGUGAGGUACCGCACAACGAUGUGGACAGCAAGAAACUGAAAAUGGAGAAAGGACUGUUGGGCACAGAGAUCAAUGCUGAAGGCGACAUGAAAAUCAAAGCAGAUCCUGGAGCUGGCAAAGUGCAAGGGUUAUUAAAAGGUGGAGAGGUGAAAGCAACCAUUAAGGUGGAGGUUCAGACGGGAGAUGAGCCUGUGGACAUGAGUACCUCAAAAAGUGAACUAAAGAGAGAGAAGCGAGUCCCCUCCCCGGACGUGAUCGUGUUAUCUGACAAUGAACCUUCCAGCCCUAGGAUGAAUGGGUUAACCAAAAUAGCAUUAAAAGAGACCAACACAGAGGCACUCAUGAAAAGCAGCCCAGAGGAGCGGGAGAGGAUGAUUAAACAGCUAAAAGAAGAGUUACGGUUAGAAGAAGCUAAACUUGUGUUAUUGAAAAAGCUACGGCAAAGUCAAAUCCAGAAGGAGACCACUAUCCAGAAGCCUGCUGGUUCCUCUGGGAGUGCUGUGGCCACCCCUCCGCCCUUGGUGCGGGGACCGCAGAGUGUUGCUGCUGGCAAGCCAUCCCUCCAGACCUCUUCUACACGGAUACCAGGCACUGUUAUUCCUCCUCCCUUGGUCCGCGGAGGGCAGCAGACUUCUUCAAAGCUAGGAACUCAGCAGAACACGCAGAUAGUGAUGCCACCUCUUGUCAGAGGAGCACAGCAAAUCCACAACAUCCGACAGCACUCCAGCACGGGGCCGCCUCCGCUGCUGCUGGCGCCGCGCGCGUCGGUCCCCAGCGUCCAGAUUCAGGGGCAGAGAAUCAUCCAGCAGGGGCUGAUCCGCGUGGCCAACGUCCCCAACACCAGCCUGCUGGUCAACAUCCCGCAGGCUUCACCAACUUCAAUCAAAGGUACAUCCGUGACAUCCGCUCAGGCCAAUGCUACUCCAAGCAGCGCCGCUUCCAUGGGGAAUGCUGGUGAGUCCCCGGCCAGCCGGCAGGCCGCCGCCAAGCUCGCCUUGCGGAAGCAGCUGGAGAAGACGCUCUUGGAGAUCCCUCCUCCCAAACCUCCUGCGCCCGAGAUGAACUUCCUGCCCAGUGCAGCCAAUAACGAAUUCAUUUACUUAGUGGGCUUGGAAGAAGUUGUGCAGAAUCUGCUGGAAACUCAAGGUAAAGUUUCGGUGGCUGUAUCAUCUCGUGAGCCCUACAUGUGUGCUCAGUGUAAGACUGACUUCACCUGCCGCUGGAGGGAGGAGAAGAACGGCAUCAUUAUGUGUGAAACCUGCAUGACAUCCAACCAGAAAAAGGCCUUGAAAGCUGAGCACACGAACCGGCUGAAAGCUGCCUUCGUAAAAGCACUGCAGCAGGAGCAGGAGAUCGAGCAGCGGAUACUGCAGCAGACCUCAGCUCCUGUACAGACCAAGUCAGACCCUAUAGUGCAGCACCACUCGCUCAAGCAGACUUCUAGCCAGAUGUCUCGAGGUCCUGGAGCUCCCCGGGGAGUGUUGCAUGCAUUUAGCCAGUCACCCAAGUUGCAGAAUGCAUCGUCUGCAGCAGCACUUGGGAGUAGGCCAGGUAAGCAUGCUGAGAGACCUGUCAGCAAGGGCAGCGCUGCCGCCUGGAAGAAGACUCCCAUCAAUACAGGUGGGGCUUUACCUUUCGUUAACCCUAGUUUAGCUGUGCACAAGUCCUCCUCAGCAGUAGACCGCCAGCGUGAAUAUCUCCUGGAUAUGAUUCCCCCACGGUCCAUCCCACAGUCCGCCACGUGGAAAUAAUGCAGAGGAAUGCCCAAGAGGAAGACUUUCCUGUUUCUGCCAUCCUUUUUAUACCACAUUACAGUGGAAUCUGCUUUAAUCCCAGCUGGAUAUGCCCCAGGCUUUAUAGGAUGCAAGAAGACCACUCCUCAUCCCAUCGAGUGCUGCUGUCCCUGCUAUGAGAAAACAACACCACGUGGGUGGGAAAGACUUGAGCUCAUUUGGUUCUCAGAUUCUUAGCAUUGACUGAUGAUGAAGGCUGUCAGGGAAGGGGAAGAAUUCUCUCUCUCUGUUUUUUUGGCUUUCUGUCUUUAGUUUGGAUUCCUUUGUCACCAGCACAAAAGGAGGACUUGACGACUCUCUGCCUUCGGUUUCUUUACUCAUAACCACCCAGUCACCAGGAACACGGUGUUUGAGGAUCUCAGCUCAAGGAGAGAGGAAUCUCAACCCCGUCUUGCAGAUGCAUUUAGUUCAUGUUUGCUUUUCUUCCCUGCCCCGCCUCCAGCCAGGAAGGCAGUCGACAGAUUAUAAUGUUCCCAAAUCUUCUGAUGAUGAGCUAAUGAUAAAUAAGUGCAAACUCCAAUUCCAUUUGAGUAUGGUUUUGGGUUGGUUUUUUCUUUUCCUAAGGGACUGGCUGCCACCAAAACUUGUCAGGUCGGUGGGAAGCAGCGCAGGAGUCUCUCACUUUUGUUGGAUUCUGUUUUGAAUAGACUUUUUGAACUGUUGGUAGUCUAAAAAUCUAAUUUCCUCAAUAGACAAACACCUUUUGUUCAGUCUUUCUAAUUCAGCGAAGAGCAGUUGGGCCUUUCAGAUGUUCCCAGAGACUUCAAAGCGGAACUGUUUGGGAUUAUUUUCUUUCCGGAGGGUUAUUUUUUGUUGUUGUUGUUUAUUGUUUUGAGCAAUUUUACUCAAAAAAAAGAAAAAAAAAAAGUGGAAAAAAAAAAAAAAGAAAGAAAAAUAAUAAAGACUAGGAAUUCCAGAAGCUGCAAUCAGCCAGGGCGAGUGGGGGGAGCCGGGGGCCGGGAGCUGCUCCUUCCUCUGCCCAUUCCCAUGGAGAAGCCGUUCCCAGCCCGUGCUGGGAUGUUGGGGGCAGGACCUUGAUCCCUCUCAAGCUGUGUUCUUCCAGGCGUUCCAAGCAUGCUCCUCUGUCCAUCCCUUCAGUACUUCAGUUUGGCUAGAGCUUUAGGUAACCUUAAGGACAGGUUUCUACAUGGUUUUCAUACCUUUCUGGGGAUUCCACAGGUUAAACCCAAAUCCAUCAGGUCCAGUUUUGUUCGAUUUCUUUUUCUUCCUUCUCAUCAUCUUCCCUCCUUCUUCCCUGUGCUUCUCCCAAAUCCCAGUUGAAUUCAAGUGGCAGAAAUACAUGCCUUACUACUUAUGUUGCAUAUCAGUGCUAGAAGUAGUGCUGAUAAGAAUUAUUUGCAAAAUUAUAUAUAUAUAUCUAUAUAUCUAUAUAUAAAAAGAAAAGGGGGGAGGGGUUACUAUUCAGUCUAUGCUGAAUCUAUUUUCUUAGCAGUUGCUGUUAGAUCUCACUUGAAACCAAGAACUGUUUAGGGAUGUCCCCCUUCAGAUCUAACUGUUGCAUAGUGAAAGAGCAAACCUGUUCAUUUUCACCCCUCUUCUGUUGUGUGAAUAUCAGUAUUUAGAUACUUCGGAAACUGUUCAGUAGAGUAGAAAACCUAGUUUUGCAAAAUGGUAUUUGUUGCUGUAUAAAAAAAAAAAAAAAAGCCCUGGAAUUUCAAUUUGACUUUGUUUUUUGUUUGCUUGACACAUGUAUAGGAAGAGCUAAAUGGGGAUGAGAGGAUUUGGUUUGAAGUUUUGAUUUUUCCUUUUCAUUCCAAGGUGUUUUGGAUCGGGAGAUGUGGAGAGAAGAGAUUUGAGUGCAUGUGAUUUUUUUGCACCUUUGAAAUAGUAGGAAAAUGUUUCAGUUCCUCACCUGGGAGGAGGGGGUUGGGGUUGGUUCUUUCCUUUGCUCUCUUCUGACAAGCUGCUGCGUUACCUCAGCGCUGCUGCCAUGUUAAAGCACUUGGGAGAGUGCAUUUGCUUAAAAAGAACAAGCUGAACUUCUCAAACUAAACCCCAAAAGCCUUUGGGGGAAGUCUGGACAACUUCACUCUUGCUUUCUGCUGUUGGAGUAGCUUCAGCUGGGAAAAAGGGGACUGGAAAGAUGGGCAGAAGUAUCGAACUUGUCUGUUUGAAAAGCUGUGUCAGAACUUUCCUGGAUCCCACCAGUUCAGUCCAGCACCUUACACAUUUUAAUUUGAAUAUCCAUUUAAGAGGUGAGUAUCCAUUAACAUACAUUGAAGAGGGGAGAUACAAACCAAGCCUUAAACUAAUGGAGAAAACUUCCUAUUUUAAGAUUUGGAACUGAAAAUGAGGCUGCACAUACUGACUUCAAAACCUUGUGCUCUGAGGGAGCAAUCUGGUUCAGUUUCAUGUCGAAUAAACCCCCACAAACACUAUUUGAUGUAUUGGGGUAGAAUUCGUUUGAAGGCUUUGUAAAGCAAACGUGGAUAUUGGGCUGUUGGGAUUCAAGCUGUUUUGACAUGGUUUUUAACCCGUGGUGCAGGUAAUGUGAAAGGAUCUAUUUAUUGCAUCUCUGUUUCUGCCAAGUUAUGCACCAGGAAAAGAUUGAAGUGGUAAAAAUGUGUUAAAUGCCAGAAUUGUUUCUUUCCUUGUAGUCAAAGCUGUGGGUUCAGUUGAGUGGUGUUGACUGGGCUCCUCGAGGUACCGCUUUAGGUUUAGAUGUCAUUCAAACACUUCCGAGUCUUUCCAGAUCUCCUCCUCCCCAUCUGAAAAAACCAAAACCCAACUGCGAAACCCAACCAAUAGAUAGAAAAGCUCGAUCAGAAUAUUCACAUAAUGGUGUUAUGCCCUAAAGGUUCCAUUGUUUGGGAAUUGUGAAGGAGAGGGGGGGUUUAGACACGCUUCGAAGACCAGAUCUUUGCUUUAUUUCUCCUGCUGUCCCGUUUGGGAUUCCUGCCUUCAUAAGGGCUCUCACUGGCUCUGCUGCAGAGCAUCCCAAAGCCACCUCACCAGCCCUCUCCUGGAAGAGACAAAGACCAUUUCACUUCAAGCUCCCUCCAAACACGAGCCUGAAGGAGCCUCUCCGCAGCCCCGGCCUGUCCCUGGCGUCACUCGGCUGGAAGAGCCGGCGUGUCCCGUGUUCCCAACCCUCCACUGCUUCGCUGCAAACUGCUGCAUGAGCUGGUUUGACAUUGCUCGGAUGCUGCUUGCUUCCCCCCUCUCCUGGGGAGAGGGUUAGAGCAGCGUUGGUUCUUUGCAAGCCAUAUAACCUUUCUUGGGAGACCUUGCGACGACAAGAUUUUAUAAUACAGUAAUAAUGAAAAUGACUUAUUGUACUUAGAUUUUAGCAACUUGUGAAAUAAAACCCCGGAUUUUCAUUUGAAA